AUGGAAGUUACCCAUUUAUCAAAAGAAGAGUUGGAGGACUCAUUGGAAGAUAAACCAGAGAAUAACUCUGGUGACUCUGAAGUGUCAAGCUUCGAAGUUGAGGACCCAUAUGAGGGACCCCAAUACUCACCUGAUUCAGAGGGUGAGGAAGUCAACAUUGGGACCAUAAGAAUGGGCCCAAUGUCAGUUGUUGACCACAAUGACACCAACUACAGAGUUGAACUGGCAGUAACACGCCAGCUAGAAGAAUCUGUGGACAAGAAAGUUGCAGAGUGUCAGGGCACACCCACCCCACCCAGCUCCAUCCAGCUCCACCCGGCUCCACUCCACCCGCUGCCCCUUCUUCAACCUCCCUAUUCCCUGUCAGGAUCCGGACCCCAACUGGGAGUGGCUGGAGGGCCCUCAGCGCUGGGUGCUCUCGACCCUGGACCAGUCCCUGACACAGAGGCUUUGGUGGAAACACCAAAGAAGGAUGCCUUGGGAACCUACAUGAAGGAACCCAAGAAAAACAAGGGGAAAGGGAAGAAGGACCAUGUCAUAUCCCACCUCACUACACCUUCCUUACAACCUCAUCAUCCCCUAUGCCAUACCUCCCCACUUCCCAAUGACACCUUCCUUCCCAACUGUCUCAGCUCCGGCCUGGAACUCGGCACACUCGCCCUUGGCCACUCCUACCCCGGAAGCUCGGUCCUGAGUCAGAACAUUCAGAACCUCCAGAUUCGCUUGGACCUCCCAAUGGACCUCCGACAUUUUGUUCCAUACCUCUAA